AUGUCCGAUCAGACCAUUGUCUUCACCAAGGACGCUCCCGCCGCCCUUGGCCCUUACUCCCAGGCCAUCAAGACCCCCUUCGCCAUCUUUGCCUCUGGUCAGAUCCCCCUCACCCCCGAGGGAGCCCUGGUCGAGGGAUCCAUCGGCGAAAAGACUGCUCAGGCCUGCAAGAACGCCAAGGCUGUCCUCGAGGCUGCGGGCUCCGGUCUGCCCAAGGUUGUCAAGACUACCAUUUUCAUCUCUGACAUGGACCACUUUGCCGACGUCAAUACCGAGUACGAGAAGUGGUUCUCCCACAAGCCUGCUCGCAGCUGCGUUGCCGUCAAGACCCUCCCCAAGAAUGUCGACGUCGAGAUCGAGUGCAUUGCUCUUCCCUGA